GUCACCUAUAAAACCUAAUUAGUUUACUAAAAUAUAAGAGAAACCACGAAUCCUGCUGAGAUCUGCCAUUGCCAAACAUCUCAUAUCCCAUGGAUCCUUGUAAUAUUCCUAAAAAGACAAGGCACCAGAGUCAUAUGUCUCACGAAAGAGACGAAACAACAAAGGAGAAAAAACUUCUCCAUCGCAACAUCGAACGGCAAAGAAGACAAGAAAUGGCCAUCCUUUUUGCCUCGCUUCGUAGUCAACUACCUCUCCAAUACAUAAAGGGAAAGAGAGCGAUGUCAGAUCAUGUAAACGGAGCAGUAAAUUUCAUCAAGGACACGCAAACACGGAUAAAAGAUCUAGCCGCAAGAAGAGACGAGAUGAAGAGAGAGAUUGCUCCGAUUUGUUCGGACCCUAGUAGUCAAACCGGAUCUGGAUCUGGGUCAAAUAGAUCGGAUCCAGCUAGCGUCAUGGUGCAAACCUGCGUGAGUGGCAUCGAGGUGGUUGUGAAUAGCUCAGUAUCAGGUCUUGAGGCUUGGCCACUCUCAAGGGUUCUUGAGGUGCUUCACGAGCAAGGACUUGAAGUCAUUAGCUCUUUAACCGCACGAGUCAAUGAGAGGCUCAUGCACACUAUACAAGUCGAGGUAAAUAGCUUUGUAUGCUUUGACUUAGCUUGGUUGCAGCAGAAGCUAAUUGAGGAGUUGGCACUUUCGACGACCGGGUAUUACCAACUGCUGAUCCAGGAUAAAGGAAGAAUAUGGAAAAUUAAUCUCGACUUUCCCUUGUUAAAAAGAAAAAAAAUGGUUGAUUUAAUAACAAUGUUGUUUACAUAACCUAUAUAACACAAAAGACUGAAAAG